AAAUAAGAAUUUGGUUCCAAGAGUCCGAAAUACUUAAUGACGGUGUAUUUGGGGGUGAAGCUUAUUUAAUUAUUUCUGUCGGGUUUACGGCUCGUAAGUCGCGGGCAUCCACCUCUUUUAGAGAGAGACCAGUCUCAGUUUCCAAUCACCGCCGACUCGACUCAUUUCUUCACUUCCACAAGCAACAGCUCGACUGAACCUACCGGCUAGCUAGACUAGUACAUGUACCGGUAUGACUUGACGACUUGACUUCUGUGCUCUUCGAUCAUUCCCUGCUUCGUAUCGAGUGAGUUGAUACCCACAAUCUCAUGAAAGGCUCGAUCGAUCGAUAAAGAAGUCCACCAUGAACCGCAUUGAGCUGGAUAACAGGAGCAACCCCUACUCUCGAUCGAACGCGUUAAGGGUGUCAGACCACAUGCCCACCAUGCCCGAAGAUGCCGUGUCAGCCCCGAUGACCACUGCACCGGCUAUCAAGUAUAUGGAGUUGAAGCUGUGUGUUCUCAAAGGAGAUGGUUUGGCCGCCAAAGACCGAAAUUUUCUACUGCAAAAGACGUCUUCAGAUCCUUAUUGCAUUUGUGAACUUCACGCAGCCGGAAACAAGCCUCGAAAACUCUUCCAAACUAGGACCGUUGCCAAGACGUUGAGCCCAGUGUGGAAUGAACAAUACGUCUUGGACAAACCAUUGCCUGCAGCAGUGCUGCAAGACAAGAAUCAUCGCCCGACCAUUGUGCUGAGACUGUUCGAUUAUGACAUUGGACGAAAAGACGACAGUAUGGGUGUGGUGACGAUCCCAAUCCAAGCCGAGGAUAUCAACAUUAGCCAAUGGUACGAAGUGCCAGCACACUCUGCCAAGGGCGCCAAAGGAAGAAUCAAGGUGGCCAUUAAAACCAAGGUUCACUACGAAAAUGAAGAAUCCAUCAUUGUCCUCAAAGGGGCUGCCAAGAGACGCAAUACCACUCCUGGUGCCUACUUGGAUUGUCUUUUCUUUGGAGGCAACUGCAGUGAUCACAAUCAGCCACGCAAUUCGCUCCACAAAAACUCGGGUCACCGACGAAACUCGCACAACGAGGAAGUGUCGCGCCUGAAUAUCUUUGGCAGCGAAAUGAUCACCAAAGACUUUAUCUUGACACAGUUGGAUCAACUCGAGUCCAACCAAGACAUUGUGCUGCUCGAGCUCGAGGAUUGCUUUGUGUCGCAACGACGCAACGAUGACGACUCGAUGGAAAUCCCGCUUCGUAUCAAGGAAAUAUUGGCACAAGAUUUGCGUCCUUGGAGGGAAAUCAGAUUUGUCGAUGAACUGCACGAUGCCUGGUCCUAUCUCGAAUUUAGACGUCGGCGCAAACAGUUCCUCAGCACCUUGGAUGGCAUCUGCAAACAAAAGGUGAUUCCGGUGACCUUCAAGACUACGAUUCAUCUCAGCGAAUAUGAUCGACAACAACAACGGAGGCGUUCUGCCAAAUCGAUUACCAGUCUCAUUCGACACUUUCAAAAGGAUCCUAGCGUCGUCAAAGUGCACAUUGACACCAACCAAACAACAGUGGAAAUGAUAGAUGCCUUGACCGACUUGUUGAAAUGCGAUGAUCGGUAUUGGGCCGAUUUGACAUUAAAACUGCAAACCGACAAUCCGCCUCAGAGCCCGGAGUGGCGGUCAGCCAUGGAAGAGGCGUCGAACAGAUUGCAAGCAGCCAUCCGAGCCAGCGGAAUGGAUCUGCCGGAUAAAGAAGACGAAGGGGUGAUUGAGUAGAAAAGGCGUGGCCUAUAGCUUCUUUCUAACUAUGGUAAAAGUUGUCAUCCACGUUGGCUGUUACUUGGAUAU